GUCAGCCACAUGGAACACAAAUUAGGAGACACAAAUCAACUCACAGGGCAUUGAGAAACACAGGCAGAAAGUCAAAUGAAGAGAAACGUCUUCAGAUAAUGAGCUGUAUUCUCCAAACAGCUUUUUAGUCACUAUCCCAAAAAAAUUAUUUUACUACUUCUAAAGGAAUUCAAAGAGUAGUUCCUUUUUUUCCUUUUUUUUUUGUUUUUGAAGAUAACAUUGAUAAUGAAACUGAGUGUGGGGAUAUUUUUUGGAGGUUUUUUUGCAGCUCUGGGGGUUUUGAUUUUUUUGGUGGCAUUUGGAACUGAUUAUUGGCUUCUGGCUACAGAAACAGGAAGGUGUUCAAAAGCACCUGAAGAUGUUGGGGGAGAGAAGGCCACUUUCCAUCAUGAAGGUUUCUUCUGGAGGUGCUGGUUUAGUGGAAAUGUAAGAGAAAAUAAUGCCAGCAUGUGGAAUUUCUGGUAUACUAACCAGUCACCUUCUAAGAACUGUACACAUGCUUACCUGUCACCAUUUCCUCUUAUCCGAGAUGAACACAAUUCAACCUCCUAUGACUCUGCAAUCGUUUAUCGAGGUUUCUGGACAGUUCUUAUGCUCCUGGGAGUGCUCACUAUUGUAAUGGCUAGUUUCUUCAUCAUCUGUGCAGCUCCUUUUGCCAGCCACAUUCUGUACAAAGCAGGAGGAGGCUUUUUCAUCAUUGCUGGCGUCUUGUUCUCACUGGUAGUCGUGAUGUACGUCAUCUGGGUCCAGGCGAUGGCUGAUCUGGAAAACUACACAAACAUGAAAAAAAUGGAUUGCCCAGACUUUGCUGUUUAUGUACAUUAUGGCUGGGGGUUUAUGCUGGCUCCUAUAGGAGUAUUUUUUGCUUUAUUAGCAGGAAUGCUGUUCUUGUUGGUAGGGCGUGCCAUUUAUUUACACUCAGACUAGUCAUACACUGCUGAAGAGAAUACAGGAAUCCUAGUGAAACUUUAUGACAGUUGUAAACUGGAACAUAAUUUUAUACAUUAUUACAAUUAUGGCAAUCCUAAGUGUGCAGGCAGACUUUUGGAAGUUCUUCUGUUACUUGUUUAAGGGUAAAGGACACAAAACUCAGUAAAAGAAGAAACCACCUUUAGUUCUAGCUAAUUGCUUUUAAUUCUUUAGAAAAUACACCCAUGGUUCUCCAUAUUGUACUAUUGGCAGCAUUUUUGCAGUUUUGCAAACAGAGGAAGGCAAAAAUUUCCUGCAACCAAAAGCCCAACACGAAGUGGGCCAACUCAACAUUUUAUACAUUUGUCUUUUAAAAUUUAUCUUAUGCUUCUGCUUGU